AUGGAAAUUAAAAAUAAAGCGGAAAAUUUAACUAUUAGCAAUCUUUUUAGAACAGGUGAUAAUAGAGGAAAGAGAAAUAUGAUAAUGGAUAAUAAGAGCAAGCUAAUAAUAGAUAGUGAAAAGAAAAAAAACAUAUGGUCUAUAUUUACAAAAUUAGAUGAUAGUAAUAAUAAAAAAGAUGACGAUGAUUUGAAUAGUAGUUUGAAUUUAAAUGAUAAUUCUAUGAAUUAUGAUGAAAAUGAAAGUAUCGAGAAUUUUUUUUCUCCAAGAAAUAUAAUGGAAAAUGAUAAAAAGAAUAUUACAUAUUCUAAUGGUACGUUAUUUAAAAAUACAGAACAAAAUUAUGAAAUUAGAAAUGAAAUAGAAAAUAUAUCUAAUAGUUUUAAACGUAAAUAUAAUAUAUUAUUAACCGAAAAAACGGAUGAUAGUAUGUUAAAUGAUAUAAUAUCAAUAAAAAAAAUGAAGAAAGAUCAAAAUGUUAAUUGUCCAAGUUAUAAUUCGUAUAGAGAAUUUUUUUCAAAAAGUGAGGGAAACAAAAGUAAUAGUAAUAGUAUUAGUAAUAAUAAUUCUUAUACACUUAAUAGUAAUGAUUUAACUUUAAAUAAUAAUAAUUUGAUACUAUGUGGUAAUAAUGAAAGUCCCUUUAGUAGUAAUAGUACUAUUAUGAAUAAUAAAAUAAUAUAUAAUAAAAUAGAAAAUGAUGAUAUAUCUAGAAGAAUGAACAAAAUAAAUAAUAUAGGAAAUUUUAAAUCUCUUAGUACUUUAAAUGAUAAAAAUAUAAUUAUGAAUACUACUUCUAUUAAAUCUACUACUUCAACUAUAUCAACUACUUCAUCUAUUACAACACAUGCUGGUCCAAUAAUAAAUACAAAAUAUGUAGAUGAUAAUGAUAUGAGUAGCUCAGGACAAAAUAUUCAAAUACCUAACAUUGUAGAAAAAAUGGAUUGUAAUAAUAAAAAUUAUACUAGUUCGAAUAAUGGUAAUCCUUACAGUACUAAUAAUAUUACUAAGACAACAAAUGUUAUUAAGAAGAAAAAUAUUUGUGUACCUGUGAAACCUUUAAAUAUACAACAUAAAAAAAAAAUAUAUAAUUACACUCCAAAUAAAAAAGUACACACGUUUCAUAAAAAUGAUAAAUUUGAUAUAUUAGGAAGAUUAGGUGAUGAUGUAUUUAGAUAUAUUUUAUCAUCUGUAAAAAAUAAAAAUUUAUUAUUAUUAAAUAAAAGAUGUUGUGCACUUAUACGUUCUUUACGAAUAAAAUUAAUUUAUGAUGAAUCUUUAAAAAGUUCUAUAUCAGCAGAUAGUAUAAUGAAAACAAUAUAUUUAUCAGAGAAGCUUGAAAUAUUAGAUUUAUCAGGAUGUUCUCAUUUAACAUCUCAUCAUUUUCAUGUUUUUUCUAAUUCUAAUAAUAUAAAAUUUCAAACGUCAUUAAAAGUAUUAUGUUUAAAAAAUUGUAAUAAAAUAUCUGAUUCAAGCUUAAAACUUUUAUUACAUAGAUUUAAAAAUUUAGAAGUUGUAGAUAUACGUAACUGUUAUAAAAUUAGUCAUGAAGGUAUAUAUCCUUUAAAAUUUAAACAUACAUUAAAAAAAUUAUAUAUGGGAAAUCUUACUUCAUCAAAUGUAACAAAUUGUCAUUCGAAUGAUUCAUUAAAAGUAUUAUUUAAUAGUAAAAAAGAUAAUAUACAAUUAGAUACAGUUUUAAAUAAUUUAAUAGCUUUAGAAAUAAUUAAUGUCAAAUAUUUUGAUGAUAUAUCACAUUUAUAUAUGAUUGCUAAUAAUCUAAAGAUACUUAAUUUUAAAGGAUGUCCUAUUGAUGAUACUUCUUCAAAUUACUUUCAAUAUUUCAAAAAUUUACUUGCCCUUAAUUUGUCAGAAACAAAUAUAUCUAAUCAUUUAUUAAAUGUAGUUAUUAAUAAUUCAACAAAAUUAAAGGUACUAGAUAUAUCUAAAACACCUGAAAUACUUAAUAGUACUAUUUUGGAGAUACCAAAAAAAUUAAAGUACUUGAAAAAGGUUAAGCUAUCACACUUGCAAAAUGUUGAUAAUUUCUGUUUGAGACAAUUUUUGAAGUAUUCUAAGGAUUUAACAUGCAUAGACUUUUCAAAUUGUUGGAAAGUGAACAACACGUUUUGUAAUAUAAAUGGUUUGGAAAUAGCAGCAGGAAAUAAAUUAAAAGACAUCGGAGCCUAUCAAUGUUCUAUUGACAGAAAAUCUUGCGAAGGAUGUUUUGCAGAACUUGGAUGUUCAUCCUUACGUGUUCAUGUUUAUAAUGAGCUAUUUCUAUUUGAGACAUCCAUUUAUACAGAUAUUAAAUUACUUGAAGACGAUUAA